GUGAGCUGUGAUUGGUCACAGCUUGUCACAUGGUACAAGGCUGUUGUGAAUAGCCUUGUACCAUGUGACCUCUGUGAUCAUUCACAGAUUUCACACGUAGUAAGCAAUGAUGUCACAAGUGACAUCUUGCUUACUACUUUGCAUGCGAUCACUGAUUGGCCAAUCAGUGAUCACAUGAUCGGGACCUCGUACAGAGGUCCCGUCCGACGAUCGGAAAAAUUGGCCGAUUUUUGACCCAUCUAUGGCCUGCAUAAGGCUGGCCAUACACUAUACAAUUUUUUUGUCCAAUUUCUGCCCAAUUUCCUUUAGAUUUACCUUCAACUAUGUAGUGCAAGGGCCUGUCUAA